AUGUCUCGUAGAAUUCCUCCUCCGCCUAAUAACGACGAUGAUCCUAUGGAGAUGAUGAGAAUGAUGAGGGAUAUGAUGCAGUCUAUGCAGCAGCAAAAUUCUGCUUUGGUGCAGCAGAAUACACUAGCUAUGCAGCAACUGGAAGCUGCAAGGACAUCAGCUGAGGCCUCUCAGAGGCAGUUUGUGGAGAUGAUGGCUGGUGGAAGAACUACUGCAGGUUCUACAUCUACUCCAGCCCCGGUGCAAGAAUGGACAUUGGAGAACUUUCUACAACACCGUCCUGCCAGAUUUACUGGGCAGUGCACACCGGAUGAGGCUGAUCAGUGGCUCAAGGAUAUGGAGAGGAUUUAUCAGGCUAAGAGGUGCCCUGAAGAGAACAGACUGUCAUAUACAGAGUAUUUACUUUCAGGCGAUGCUAGUCAUUGGUGGAGCAGUGCUAGAUCAUUAUUGGAGAGUACUAAUGUUCCAAUCACUUGGGACAUUUUCAAAACCAAGUUCUAUGAGGAAUAUUUUCCUAACAGUGUGCGAUUCGCCAAAGAGGUUGAGUUCUUGCAGCUGGUUCAGGGUAAUAUGACAGUCUCAGAGUAUGCAGAUAAGUUUAAACACCUGUUGCGGUUUCAUACCCUGGCCAUGAAUGAGGAAUACCAGUGUCGGAAAUUCGAGAAUGGGUUGAGAAGCGAUCUCAAGAUCUUGGUUGCUGGCUUUUGUAUCCAACAGUUUCCCGUUCUAGUGGAGAGAACUAAGAUGAUGGAACGAAUGAAGAGAGAAUCGGACAGCCAGAGUAGUCAACCACUGAGAUUUAGUGGUCCAGUGACGACGAGGAGUGGAUCCAGUUCCAGAGUGACUCCUUACUCUAGACCUGCUGCUUCCCAUGGGUCUAGAGGAUCUUCAUCAUCUCACUCCUCCGUUCAUCAGACUCCAGUGAGUACGCCUGGAGGUAUCCGCUGUUUUGGGUGUGGCGGACCCCAUCUACUAUCUGUCUGCCCUCAGAAGACAGGAUUCCGGAGGUGUAACAGAUGCGGACAGCCGGGACACUUUGAGAGAGACUGCCCUAUGGGUAGGAGGACUGUUGUUCAUCCCCAGCCGGUUGACAGAGCUAUCCGGAGGGGUGGUGUUAGACCCUUGGCGACGGGCCGAGUGUAUGCAGUUACUGGUGCAGAGGCUGUCAGCUCAGGUAACCUCAUUAUUGGUAGCUGCUUGUUGCGUGAGAAGACGUGUAUGGUAUUGUUUGACUCGGGGGCAACACAUUCCUUUAUAUCGGAGGAAUGUGUUGAGAAGUUGGGGCUAACAGUAGAGAGACUGCACUUCGAUCUGGUGGUGUCUACACCAACAUCUGGGUUGAUCAAGACGUCGAAUGUUUGUAUUCGAUGCCCGAUCAUAGUGGAGGGGCGUCGGUUCAAGGUGAACCUCAUCUGUUUACCUUUGCAAGGAUUAGAGAUCAUCCUUGGUAUGGAUUGGUUGUCAACCAAUCAUAUUCUCCUAGAUUGCGGCGAGAAGAAAUUAGUAUUCCCUAAUGAGCACGAGUAUCAACCUAUAUCACUCGGUGUUCUUAGACAGGAGAUCUUUGAGGGAGCUAGCUGCUUCCUUGUCAUGUCUCACUUAGAGGGAGACUCCUCCAUGCCAUUAGAUCAAGCUGCCAAUCUUCCAGUGGUAGCUGAUUUCUUAGAUGUCUUCCCAGAGGAAGUUCCUGGUCUACCUCCUCCUAGAGAGGUAGAAUUCUCUAUAGACCUUGUGCCACAAGCAGGGCCUAUAUCUAUUGCUCCUUACCGUAUGGCGCCUGCUGAGCUUGCUGAGUUGAAGAAACAGAUCGAAGAAUUGCUUGAAAAGCAAUUCAUUAGACCCAGUGUCUCUCCCUGGGGUGCUCCAGUGUUACUCGUGAAGAAAAAGGAUGGUAGCUCUCGUCUCUGUGUGGAUUAUAGACAAUUGAACAAGUUGACAAUCAAGAAUAAAUACCCGCUGCCUAGGAUUGAUGAUUUGAUGGAUCAACUACACGGAGCGGCCAUUUUCUCUAAGAUUGAUCUAAGGUCGGGAUACCAUCAGAUUUUGGUAAAAGCUGAUGAUGUGCAGAAGACAGCUUUCCGGUCUAGGUAUGGCCACUAUGAGUAUGUGGUUAUGCCGUUUGGUGUGACCAACGCUCCGGCUAUUUUCAUGGAUUACAUGAACCGGAUCUUCAGACCGUUCUUGGAUAAAUUUGUCGUCGUCUUCAUUGAUGACAUCCUUAUCUAUUCUAAGACAAGAGAAGAGCACGCGGAUCACCUUAGAACGGUGCUUGGAGUGUUGAGAGAAAGGAAAUUGUAUGCCAAGCUUUCUAAGUGUGAAUUCUGGAUGGAAGAAGUACAGUUCUUAGGCCAUGUGAUUUCAGCUGGUGGAAUUUCUGUUGAUCCAGCUAAGGUGCAAGCUGUAUUGCAAUGGGAAAGGCCUAAAACUGUUACAGAAGUCAGAAGCUUUGUAGGAUUGGCGGGCUACUAUCGCCGUUUUAUUGAAAACUUCUCAAGGAUUGUAGCGCCGUUGACUCAAUUGACUCGGAAAGAUCAUCCUUUUGCUUGGACAGAUAAGUGUGAAUCUUGUUUCCAAGAGUUGAAGCAGAAGUUGACUAGUGCUCCAGUGCUCACCAUUCCAGAUACAGGAAAGCCCUUUGAAGUAUUUUGUGAUGCAUCUCACCAAGGGCUUGGGUGUGUAUUGAUGCAAGAAAAGCGGGUUGUGGCAUAUGCUUCAAGACAGUUGAAAGUCCAUGAGAAGAAUUAUCCGACUCAUGACUUGGAGCUAGCAGCUGUAGUCUUUGCUUUGAAGAUUUGGAGACACUAUUUGUAUGGCUCUCAGUUUCAGGUGUUUAGUGAUCACAAGAGCCUCAAAUAUCUAUUUGAUCAAAAAGAACUGAAUAUGAGGCAGUGUCGAUGGAUGGAAUUUCUAAAGGAUUAUGACUUUGAUCUUCUUUACCAUCCAGGAAAGGCUAACGUUGUAGCAGAUGCCUUAAGCAGAAAAACAGUACAUAUAUCUGCUUUGAUGGUCAAAGAGUUGGAACUUGUUGAGAGCUUUAGUGAUCUAAAGCUAGAUGUGGAGUUUGAGACUGAAGGGAUUAAAUGCUGCAAACUGGUGAUACACAGUAGUGUUUUUGAUAGAAUUAUGGAGGGACAACUCACAGAUCCAGAACUCAUGAAAUCUAGAUCAUUGAUUGGCACUGAGCAAGGGAAGUGGUUUAACACCGGUACAGAUGAGGCAGGAGAGGCCCCUCUGGAGCAGAUUCUAGACGUUCCAGAUGUUCUUGAUAUUGCUGAUGCUGCAGAGUAG